GCAUAAAAUUUUAGUAAAACCAUUUGUUUCACAAUUAGAUCAUUGUUCGAAAUGAGCUUUGGAAAAACCGCUUAAUAUAAUUUUACAUAGACCUUUCUACCAGCUGCUACGUCUUACGCGACUAUAUCAAAAGCGGUCAGGCAAGUGGGGAAGGAGUUACUUUGAAGAUGAGCAUCGAUCAAGGUGGAAUACUGGAGCUUAUUGAACUACAAGAUGACAAUACUCCAGCUACCGACAAAACUCUUGGAGAUAUUCCAGUCAUCAAUAGGGACACUGAACCUAGGAAUGAUUCCCCACACUCAAGCGCAAGGGUUAAGAUAAUGCUGGUUACUCUACUCAUUAUUGUCGUGACUGCUACCGCAUUGGGACUCCUUUUCGGGAUUCUAGAUAAUCAAAUUCCAGUAAGACCAGAAGUGCCAACGCCUGUUGUGUGCAAUGAAACGGAAUGGCCUUGUCUUGAUGGAGUGACUUGUAUGGAUCGUGGGCAACGGUGUGAUGGAUACAAAGAUUGUCCAAUGAAUGGUGAAGAUGAACAAGGGUGUGGUUCCACUUGUAGGGAUUACCACUUUGAUUGCGGGGAGGGUAUGUGCAUAGCCCUACAUUUCCAUUGCUCUUUUGGUACGCAAUGCCCCAAUGGCCAGGACGAAAUCAACUGUACUAGUAAAGGCGUCUGCCUACCUGAGCACUUCACCUGUGAAGAUGGGACGUGUAUUCCUGAUCAUCAGGAAUGUAAUUACUUCAUCGAUUGUCCUGAUGGAUCCGAUGAAUCUCCUACAUUAUGCGGAGCAUGUAACGAGGAAAAUGAGUUCGGAUGCAAGAAGGGCAAUUGUAUUCCUUCGUAUUGGAGAUGUGACGGUUUUGCAGAUUGCGUGGAUGAAGAAGAUGAAUUGAAUUGUGGCAGCACACAUGGGUCAGAUCUGUACCAACUCGACGUCGGGGACUCGGUGAACAUUACGACACCAAACUGGCCAGAUGCACCGAUUCCUGGUCAGUUUAUGGAGUGGAUCAUAUCGGCCCCAAAGGAAUCUCUUCUUUCCAUAAAGAUACUGGAGGCUAACUUAGGAUUCCAAGGUAGCCUGGCAGUUUCUAAACCUAAGCCAUGUUUGGAUCCAGAGUCGACAUGCAGUCAAAAGAUAUUUUCCCGGGGUCAUGAUCACGCCGUUGCAGAAGUUCCAUUAUACGUGAUCGUGAAAUCCAGUCGAAUUACCGUCACCUAUCGCGCUGGCAUCUUCGUUACUAAUCGCGAUCUCUCUUUUAACGUGCAAGUUUUUGAGCCAAGCGACACAUUUCCAGAAUGUGCAUCUGGCUAUCUUCCAUGUGUAACUUCAGAUGAACAGUACUGCAUUGUCUCAGAUCGUGUGUGCGAUGAAAACUUCUACUGUACAGUUAACAAUUGUACAGCUGCAGAAAAUUAUGCGUGUGAUGGGUCAACAAAAGUCAUUCCAAGCUUCAAACGAUGUGACUAUAUGAUCGACUGUCCAAAUCUGGAUGAUGAAAUAAAUUGUACCUGUGCAGAGACGGACUUCGUGUGUAAUUCGGGCAAAUGUAUUCCACACUACUUCGUGUGCGAUUUCUAUUACGAUUGCAUCGGCGGAUACGAGGAUGAAAUGAACUGCUCGACUCCAAACAAUACACAUCAUUAUGAAUUAACUAACGCUGAGACACUCACCAUUCGUUCCCCGAACUACCCUUCAAACGCCCCUCCUGGCUCAUAUCAACUCUAUUACGUCACAGUAUCGGUCGGACACCGUGCUGUUAUUACCUUCAACCAUUUCCUUGUCGAUUGGAAAGGAUUCUUGUCGUUGGGAACGGGCAGCGACGUCAACGACCACGGGGCAAUCUUCGCCGUGUUCAGCCAUCACGACAGGCCGAUGACCAUGUACGUGCCUUCAUCUAGUCGAGUGUUUUUUAUGGAAUUUCAUGGAGGACCUUACGGCAGGUCCAAUGGUUUUGAAGCGAUAAUUAUCUCCAUAAGGACAUGACCAUCUUAGGCCUCUCUCUGUAUCACAUAAGCGACCAGCUUAUGAACAAUGACUUAAUUUCUUACAUUUUCUGUCAUGGUUAUUUUUUACAAUCCAUUGUGUUCAAGUGCUGUUCCUUGAUUCUUAACAAUAGAGGGUUUCCGCAAUUAUUACGGAGACACUCUCGACAACGCAUCGAUUUCUUUGAAAUUGCAAUUAAAAUCACAAUGGAGAGCCGAGAGGCUUUUGUCGAAAGUUGGUGGACUGGGACAGCAGAUCAUCCGAAGGUUUGCACCGGACGAACAAUUGUAAAUAUGUCGUUGUCCAGAGUCAAGAGAUUCCGAUGCUGCCCCGGUCCACCAACUUUCGACAAAAGCCUUAUUGUGAUUUGACUUGCAUUUUCAUAGAAACAGGUGCGUUGUAGAGAUCUAAAUGCAAACAUAUCGGAAUAUAAGCAUGAUAAAAGAACGUAUUAAUUUAGUGUCGAAAUUCAAUCAAUCAUUUCAUUUAUUUUUUUUCGAUUCUAAUAAAAAGAAAUGUACAAAAGAAAAACUCUCGGUCAUAAUAACAGAUAGUCAAUAGAAAAUUUACAUAAUUAAGAUAUGCACAUACAUACAAUGUAAUAUGCGCACAAGAAAAUAAAGAUUUCAGAACAAGGGUGGAAUCAAGGAACACUACUGGAGUUCCAGCUAGGUGUGCUGCAAAUAGAAAAUAGCACACCCAGGACAGGCUGAACAGCCCAGGGAAAUAUUGGGGGAGCCUCAGCACCCCUCGCUUCCCAUGGCCAUGCAUGGUUGCUCUGUGGUAGAGCGCCCGCCCGGUCAUGAACGGGAGGUCGAGGGUUCGAUCCCCGGUCGAGUUAUACCCAAAGGCUUAUAAAAAUUAUAUCUUCAGCUUUGAUUUGCUGGCGCUCAGUAUUUAGAUUACAAUGUAUUAUGUUAUGCAGGGCCCACUGAUAUAGCAGUUUACUAUUAAACUAAAGUGGCUACCCUGGGUAGAUUAAAAUAUUCUUAUUUCACGAGUCUUCAGGUGCGGAGAGAGGGGGCAUGCAGGCCCCAUCCCUUGUUUUCUUUAGUAUCUUCUUGCUGUGCUUGUCAAAAGAUACUUCAACGGAUGAUCGUCAGUGGCCAUAACUUUUUUUGUUUGUCAGUAAAAGAAAGAGACCCCCCCCCCCCACUGGCGUAAAUCCCGGGGGGAUGGGGGGAUAUAUCCCCCCCACUUUUCGAGGAGGGGGGGAUGGCCUGUACAAACAUCCCCCCAGUUUUUACGAAAGAAAUGAAGAAAAAAAAUCACAAGAGAUCAUAUUGUUUUAUUGGUGAAAAUUCUUCCUAAAAUACCGCUUAACAAAUAAAACAAUAUUAUUGAAUCAUAAAAUGCAAAUAAAGAGCCAGUUCACCAUUUCCAAACGAAAUACUUAUGUCCUUAAUAUAACAUUGAAGAGAAACCCCCGUUUCUUCCAAUUCUUCAAUGUUGGGGUCUUUGGGAAGGGAUUAAGAUGGAAUGUCAAUACAUUUUGAAUGUAAUCUCUAAUAAAACCAUUAACCAUCAUGGGGUAAAAAAGAUAAUAAUAUUGGAGGGUAUUUGCCAUAUGGACAUAUAGUGGCGUAACUACGGGGGCAUGAGGGGCACACCCCCCCCCCCUUCGGCUGACC